AAUGUUUGAACAUUAUAUUGAUUUUUUUAGCAUAAAGUGUGUACUUGUUGACAUUUUUUUAGCAUACAAAUAAUUGUGAACCUAUUCGUUCUCAGUAAUAAGCCAUAUAUUUAAUUUUGUUAAUCAAAAGUGUUGCUAUAGGCUAUGGCCCAAUAGUAUAUAGUAAUGUUUAUGUUUUAGCUUUAAAAACAAAAAGGAAAAAGGGAAUUUAGAGGCGGAAACUUCUAGCGCAUUCGAAAUGAUGCAUGAACCUUCCCCAAGCUUCGAGGGCUAAAAAAAUUCAGCGCCAAAACGCAAUGUUAACAUCAUCCAAAGUUUAACUCCGGCAUUUUUGUGGGCGGCGAAUUCCCAAUCACAAUCUCUGUUUAUGUACUUAUUUCCAUUUUGAAGGCGAUGGCAAUUUAUGGAAGCUCAACGGCGGCGCGGCUAAGCAGGAUGGCAGCUGCAGCACUCAGGGCGUCCCGCUCCCGCUCUCUAGUUCCUCAAAUCCGAUUACUCACCCACUCGACCCGCUCUCCAUCUGCUGAGACUGGAUUCUCAUCCCCUACUUUUUUCCCCACAUCAUGCCUCAGCCGCAUCAUCACAUCGCUCCCUGCCGCGGCCCGCUCUUACUCUGCCUCUGCUGCAUCAUCUUCACAGAUUAGCAAUUCAGAGUUCACCGAGAUGGCAUGGGAUGGAGUUGUUGGCGCUGUGGACGCAGCAAAAUACAGCAAACAUCAAAUUGUGGAAACAGAGCAUCUAAUGAAAUCCCUUUUAGAACAAAAAGAUGGGCUGGCAAGAAGAAUAUUCACCAAGGCUGGUGCUGACAACACAUCACUUCUGCAGUCUACUGAUACCUUCAUAUCUCAGCAACCAAAGGUUUCAGGGGACACAACCGGGCCUAUUUUGGGCUCUCAUUUGAGUUCUCUGUUGGAGAAUGCACGGAAAUUUAAAAAAGAAAUGGGUGAUUCAUUUCUGUCUGUCGAGCAUCUAGUGCUGGCAUUUCCCUUGGAUAAGAGAUUUGGGCAGCAAUUGUUCAAAACUCUUCAAUUAAGCGAGAAGGCUUUGAAGGAUGCUGUCAUAGCUGUUCGUGGUAAUCAAAGAGUAACUGAUCAGAGUCCAGAAGGUAAAUACGAGGCACUUGAAAAAUUUGGGAAUGACUUAACUGAACUUGCCAGACGCGGAAAACUUGAUCCAGUUAUAGGACGUGAUGAUGAAAUACGGAGAUGCAUCCAAAUCUUAUCCCGCAGGACAAAAAACAACCCUGUUGUAAUUGGGGAACCUGGAGUGGGUAAAACAGCAAUUGCUGAAGGGUUAGCUCAAAGGAUUGUCCGUGGAGAUGUCCCAGAACCUCUGCUGAACCGAAAGUUGAUCUCUCUGGACAUGGGUUCUUUGCUUGCUGGUGCAAAGUAUCGAGGAGACUUUGAGGAAAGGUUAAAAGCUGUAUUGAAGGAAGUCACAGCUUCAAACGGGCAGAUCAUAUUGUUCAUCGAUGAAAUGCACACUGUAGUUGGUGCAGGUGCUACUGGAGGCGCAUUGGAUGCUGGAAAUUUAUUGAAACCCAUGCUUGGCAGGGGGGAACUCAGAUGCAUUGGGGCAACUACACUGAACGAAUACAGGAAGUACAUUGAGAAGGACCCUGCUUUGGAACGUAGAUUUCAACAGGUAUUUUGUGGACAGCCAUCUGUAGAAGACACAAUUUCCAUUUUGCGGGGAUUGCGUGAACGUUAUGAACUGCAUCAUGGGGUGAAGAUAUCAGACAAUGCUCUGGUUUCAGCAGCAAUUCUUUCAGAUAGAUACAUAACAGAGCGUUUUCUACCGGACAAAGCCAUUGAUCUUGUUGAUGAAGCUGCUGCAAAACUAAAAAUGGAGAUCACAUCCAAGCCUACUGAGUUGGAUGAGAUUGACAGAGCAGUGCUUAAGUUGGAGAUGGAGAAGCUAUCUCUGAAAAAUGACACGACCACGUCUUCAAAAGAGCGGUUGAGCAAACUGGAACAUGAUUUAGGAGCUCUUAAACAAAAGCAAAGGAAGUUAAAUGAGCAAUGGGACAAUGAGAAAAUUCUGAUGAACCGAGUGAGGUCAAUCAAAGAAGAGAUUGAUAGAGUCAAUCUAGAGAUGGAAGCUGCUGAGCGUGAGUAUGACCUCAAUCGUGCUGCUGAACUCAAAUAUGGGACAUUGAUGUCUCUCCAGCGCCAGCUUGAAGAAUCUGAGAAGAACCUUUCAGAAUAUCGGGGAUCUGGAAAGUCACUACUGCGAGAGGAAGUUACAGAUCUUGAUAUAGCUGAAAUUGUAAGCAUAUGGACUGGCAUACCAGUAUCUAAUCUCCAGCAGACUGAGAUGGAAAAGCUCGUCUUAUUAGAGCAGGUCCUCCACAAGAGGAUUGUUGGUCAAGACAUGGCAGUCAAAUCUGUAGCUGAUGCAAUACGUCGUUCAAGGGCAGGACUUUCCGAUCCGAACAGGCCUAUUGCAAGCUUCAUGUUCAUGGGGCCGACUGGUGUUGGUAAAACUGAGCUUGCAAAAGCUCUCGCUAUGUAUCUUUUCAACACUGAAAAUGCACUUGUGAGAAUCGAUAUGAGUGAAUACAUGGAAAAGCAUGCAGUUUCACGAUUAGUCGGAGCACCACCUGGAUAUGUUGGAUAUGAAGAGGGUGGGCAACUGACAGAAGUAGUCCGUCGACGGCCGUAUUCUGUUGUUUUAUUUGAUGAAAUUGAGAAAGCACAUCAUGAUGUUUUUAACAUCCUUUUACAGCUUUUGGAUGAUGGGAGAGUAACUGAUUCUCAAGGACGGACAGUCAGUUUCACUAACUGUGUUCUUAUUAUGACAUCAAACAUCGGAUCUCAUUAUAUCCUUGAAACCCUUAGAAGUAAGCAUGAUAAUAAGGAUGCUGUUUAUGAUGUGAUGAAACGGCAGGUGGUUGAGUUAGCAAGACAAACUUUCCGACCCGAGUUCAUGAAUAGGAUUGACGAAUACAUUGUUUUCCAGCCUCUAGACUCCAAACAAAUCAGUAAAAUAGUUGAAUUUCAGCUAAAUCGCGUAAAAGAGAGAUUGAAACAGAAGAACAUCAACUUGGAAUACAGAGAGGAAGCUGUUGAAGUGCUUGCAGCAUUAGGGUUUGACCCAAACUUUGGAGCAAGACCUGUGAAGAGGGUGAUACAGCAGAUGGUUGAGAAUGAGAUUGCAAUGGGAAUCUUGAGAGGAGAUAUUAAGGAAGAAGAUUCAAUAGUGCUUGACAAGAUACGAGAAGAUGCUAAAGAAAUCUCUAGUCAAAAUAGAUUGUGCAUAACAAAAAUGGAAGAGUGAAACUCGACUAAUGCUUGUUUCAGGGGAUUGCCACUUCUAACAAAACUCUCACUGUACAACAAUCUCACCUUCAAAAUGUACUUGCUUGGAGAUAUCGAUAUUAUGCUUGCCGGAAUUGGUAACUCUUUCAUAUGGUAUUUAUUAUGAUCCAUACGUACGGCAUUAUAUA